AUGGCCCACGCCCAGGAUGACGCAGAAACUGAAGCUGUUCGAUGUUAUCAAUGUGGUAGUGACUCAGACCCAAAAAAUGAAGAUCUAUGUGGUGCUUAUGAACCUUUUGAUAAGAAUAAGCACAUUUCAAUAGAUUGCAAUGACGAGGACUCCAAAAUGCCGGGAUCAUUUUGCGUCAAAGAAAUACGACAAGGUCCUCGGGAUGGAAGAUUCAGACAAGUUGUACGAAGAUGUGCAUCAGUUGCAGAAACGGGGGUAACAAAUGUCUGUAAUUGGGGUGUCGAUGAAAACGGAGUUUAUUGGCAACAGUGCUACUGUUCAGAAGAUUCGUGUAAUGGUGCUACGAGUCUGUCGUCGUCUUUGACAAUAGCCACUAUUAUAUCAUUUUUUAUUACAAUUCACUUUAUAAGAUAA